AUGGGGACAGGUGUCGCGCAUGUAUCAGAGUCAUGGUUUCUGUUGUAUGUGUUUCUGUUCAUAGGAGCCUACGGACAAGAUUUCCUUGACUUUAUCUUCUAUGAUGGAACUGUCCAAAGAUGGUGGAAUGACCAGAGAAUAUGGAUGAUAAGAGGAGUGACAUGUUACUUGUUUGGAUUCUCCGAGUUCUUCCUCAAGUCCUUCGGCAUUUCCACCCUUGGUUUCAAUGUGACAAGCAAAGUGGUUGAUGAUGAGCAAAGCAAAAGAUACGAGCAAGGAAUGUUUGAGUUUGGAGUUCCAUCGCCCAUGUUUGUGCCCCUAACAGCUGCUGCAAUUAUCAACUUGGUCUCAUUUGUUAGGGGGAUUUUGCUGGUUUUCAGAGGCAGCAAAUUGGAGGAGCUGUUUCUGCAGAUGUUUAUAGCAGGUUUUGUGGUGGUGAACUCCUGGCCAAUUUACAAAGCCAUUGUGUUGAGAAGUGAUAAAGGAAGGAUGCCCGUUGGCACUACCAUAAGUUCAAUAUUUCUGGCAUGUGGUCUUGUUGUUGCAGGUUCUCUCACUCUGGGGGGUUGA